CACGGAAGCAGGCGGCAUGGAGCCCAGCACACUGUACUUCUACGUGAACGGCCGCAGGGUGACAGAGAAAAAUGUGGAUCCUGAAACAAUGCUGUUGCCUUACCUGAGGAGGAAUCUGCGGCUCACGGGGACCAAAUAUGGCUGCGGCGGUGGGGGCUGUGGUGCCUGCACCGUGAUGGUCUCCCGCUACGACCGCGGCACCGGGCAGAUAAGACACUACCCGGCCUGCGCCUGCCUGACGCCCCUCUGCUCGCUGCAUGGCGCGGCCGUCACCACGGUGGAGGGCGUGGGGAGCACGAGGACGCGGCUCCACCCGGUGCAGGAGCGGAUCGCCAAGAGCCACGGCACGCAGUGCGGCUUCUGCACGCCCGGGAUGGUGAUGUCGCUGUACGCCCUGCUCCGCAGCCACCCGCAGCCCUCGGAGGAGCAGCUGCUGGAGGCCCUCGCAGGUAACCUGUGCCGCUGCACGGGGUACAGACCCAUCCUGGACGCGGGCAAGACUUUCUGCAAGACUUCUGGCUGCUGCCAAAGCAAAGAAAACGGAGUCUGCUGUCUCGACCAAGGAGUGAACGGAGUGCAGGAAGCAGAGGGAGAGCAGACAAGUCAAGAGCUUUGCUCAGAAGAGGAGUUUGUGCCGCUGGACCCAACUCAGGAGCUGAUAUUUCCUCCCGAGCUGAUGAUACUGGCCCAGAAGCAGCCGCAGAAGUCCCGGGUGUUUACGGGCGACAGAGUAACCUGGAUUUCCCCGGUGACCCUGAAGGACCUUCUGGAAGCCAAGGCCAAGAACCCCCGGGCCCCAGUGGUCAUGGGCAACACCUCCGUGGGGCCUGAAAUGAAAUUUAAAGGUGUCUUCCACCCAGUUAUAAUUUCUCCUGAUGGGAUUGAAGAGCUGAGUGUCAUAAAGCAGGGGAACGAAGGCCUGACCCUGGGCGCUGGCCUAAGCCUGGCCCAGGUGCAGGAUGUCCUGGCUGAUGUGGUCCAGCAGCUCCCAGAAGAGAAGACGCAGACACUGUGUGCCCUCCUGAAGCAGCUGAGGACUCUGGCUGGGUCGCAGAUCAGGAACAUGGCAUCUUUAGGGGGCCACAUCAUGAGCAGACAUCUGGAUUCAGAUCUGAACCCGGUCCUGGCCGCAGCCAGCUGCACCCUCCAUGUGCUGUCGCAGGAAGGAGACCGGCAGAUCCCGCUGGACGAGCAUUUCCUCAGCAGGAGUCCCAGCGCGGAUCUCAGGCCUCAGGAGGUCUUGCUGUCUGUGACCAUCCCCUACUCCCGGAAGUGGGAGUUUGUGUCUGCCUUCCGGCAAGCCCAGCGGAAAAGGAGUGCACGAGCCAUCGUGAAUGUGGGGAUGAGAGUCUUCUUUGGAGCGGGUGACGGUGUCAUCUCGGAGCUUUGCAUCUUGUAUGGCGGUGUCGGCCCGGCCAUUGUUUGUGCCACAGAUGCCUGCCGGAAGCUGGUUGGAAGGCACUGGACCGAGGAGAUGCUGGACGAAGCCUGCAGGCUGGUCCUGGGCGAGGUCGCCAUCCCCGGCGCAGCCCCUGGUGGCAGGGUGGAGUUCAGGAGGACCCUGCUGGUCAGCUUCCUCUUCAGGUUCUACCUGCAGGUGUCCCAGAGCUUGAGCCGCAUGGAUCCGGGUCGCUAUCCUAGCCUGGUAGGCAAAUACGAGAGCGCCUUAGAAGACCUCUGUCUCGGACACCACCAAAGAACAUUUGAGCUCCAGAGCGCAGACGCCAAGCAGCUUCCUCAGGACCCCAUUGGCCGCCCCAUCAUGCACCUGUCGGGGAUCAAGCACACUACCGGGGAAGCCAUCUACUGCGACGACAUGCCCUUAGUGGACCGGGAGCUCAGCCUGGCCUUUGUGACCAGCUCAAGAGCCCACGCUGCCAUCCUCUCCAUGGAUCUGUCAGAGGCGCUCAGCCUGCCAGGUGUAGUGGACAUUGUCACGGCCGAGCACCUUGGGGACGCAAACUCCUUCGCCAAAGAGACAUUGCUGGCAACAGAUAAGGUGCUGUGUGUGGGUCACCUCGUCUGCGCUGUCAUCGCAGAUUCUGAGGUCCAGGCCAAACGAGCUGCAGAGAAAGUGAAGAUCGUCUACCAGGACCUGGAGCCGCUGAUCCUCACCAUCGAGGAAGCUAUCCAGCAUGACUCCUUCUUCGAGACAGAGAGGAAGCUGGAGAGUGGGGAUGUAGCGGAGGCCUUCCGGACCGCGGAGCAGGUUCUGGAAGGUUCAAUCCAUAUGGGCGGCCAGGAACACUUCUACAUGGAAACCCAGAGCAUGCUUGCUGUGCCCAAGGGUGAGGACCAGGAGAUCGACCUCUACGUGUCCACACAGUUCCCCACGUACAUCCAGGAAAUCGUCGCCUCGACCUUGAAGCUGCCGGUUAACAAGGUCAUGUGCCACGUGCGUCGUGUCGGCGGGGCCUUUGGGGGCAAGGUGGGCAAGACUGCCAUCCUGGCGGCCAUCACGGCAUUCGCCGCCCUCAAGCACUGCCGGGCCGUCCGCUGCAUCCUGGAGCGAGGGGAGGACAUGCUGAUCACUGGGGGCCGCCACCCGUACCUCGGGAAGUACAAGGUGGGAUUCCGGAACAACGGCCAGGUCGUGGCCCUAGACAUGGAGCAUUACAGCAAUGCGGGCAGCACCCUGGACGAGUCCCUGAUGGUGGUGGAGAUGGGGCUUCUGAAAAUGGAGAAUGCAUACAAGUUCCCCAACUUGCGCUGCCGUGGCCACGCCUGCAAAACCAACCUCCCCUCCAACACAGCGCUGCGCGGUUUCGGCUUCCCCCAGUCCGGGCUCAUCACCGAGGCCUGCAUCGUGGAGGUGGCCGCCAGGUGCGGCUUGUCCCCGGAGGAGGUCCGAGAGGUGAAUAUGUACCGGGGAACUGAGCAGACGCACUACGGACAAGAGAUCCACACCCAGCGCCUGGCCCAGUGCUGGAGCGAGUGCAAGGCCAAGGCCACCUUCUCCCUGCGGCGGGCAGCCGUCGACAGAUUCAAUGCAGGCAGUCCCUGGAAGAAGCGAGGGCUGGCCAUGGUGCCCCUGAAGUUCCCCGUGGGCCUGGGCAGUGUCGCCAUGGGCCAGGCUGCCGCGCUGGUCCACGUUUACCUGGACGGCUCUGUGCUGCUCACGCACGGUGGGAUAGAAAUGGGGCAGGGUGUCCACACAAAGAUGAUCCAGGUGGUGAGCCGGGAGCUGAAGAUGCCGAUGGCGAACGUCCACCUGCGUGGGACAAGCACCGAAACCGUCCCUAAUGCCAAUGUCUCCGGAGGCUCUGUGGUGGCCGAUCUCAACGGGCUGGCAGUAAAGGACGCCUGUCAAACUCUUCUGAAACGUCUGGAGCCCAUCAUCAGCAAGAAUCCGAAAGGGACGUGGAAGGAGUGGGCACAGGCUGCAUUCGACCAAAGCAUCAGUCUCUCAGCCAUCGGAUACUUCAGGGGCUACGAUGCAGACAUGGACUGGGAGAAGGGCAAAGGCCACCCGUUCGAGUACUUCGUAUAUGGAGCUGCCUGCUCGGAAGUCGAGAUUGACUGUCUGACAGGGAACCACAAGAACAUCCGGACAGACAUCGUCAUGGAUGUCGGCCGCAGUAUCAACCCAGCCCUCGACCUAGGCCAGGUGGAAGGCGCCUUCAUCCAGGGCAUGGGGCUGUACACCUCGGAGGAGCUGAAGUACGGCCCCCAGGGCGCUCUGUACACGCGGGGCCCUGACCAGUACAAGAUCCCGGCCGUCUGCGACGUCCCUGCCGAGCUGCACGUCUUCUUUCUGCCUCCAUCCAAAAACUCGAAUACCCUGUAUUCGUCCAAGGGCCUGGGGGAGUCCGGGGUGUUCCUGGGGUGCUCCGUGCUCUUCGCCAUCUGGGAUGCGGUCAGUGCUGCAAGGCGGGAGAGAGGUCUGCCUGGGACCCUGGCACUCAGCUGCCCGCUGACCCCGGAGAAGAUCAGGAUGGCCUGCGAGGACAGGUUCACCAAGAUGAUUCCAAGAGACACCCCUGGAUCCUACGUUCCUUGGGACGUUGUUGUGUGAAGCACACCAAACCUCUGGAGGCCGAGAGAUUCCCCAGCCCCUCCGCCUCUGUGGAGAGAGAAGGACAGAUAGAUGGGUGGUUGAUAGGUGAUGGAGGAUAGGUGAUAAAUGAGCAGAGGGUAGGUGGUAGAAGACAGGUGAUAGGUGAUAGAAUAUAGGUGAAAGAUAAUGGAUUAUAGAUGACAUUGAUAAAUAGGCAUAAGCAAUUUACAUAGAACACUUUAAAUGGUAUGAAUAUUGACUUUCCCCGGAGGAUGAUAUUCUCCCUUGGACUGGAAAACAUGAUUAUUUUUAUGUGAUUUUUAUCUGGCUUGUGUUCAGCAGCAGAAAUUAUACUGCCUACUGAAAG